CGUUAUUCCACGGGACGCGCUGCGUGGGCUCGACACAGCGCCUCGGACUCUGCGCUCCAACUUUGGAUAAACUUUGGGUUUUUACGCAUCGCGGCGCGCGCCACGGAGCUUCUGUUUGUGCGUGUGUUGCUUUCCCGUGGAGUUGAAGUGAAACUUUUUUGUUGCUGUUCCUGAUCUGCAGGAAUCAUUGUCUCCAUUCAGAGGAUUUAGUUGCAGUGGAGGAGCGCGCAGCAGCAGCAGCAGCAGCGGCAGCGGGAUAGAAUAACGCGCCUGUGGAAAAGUUUGGGACACUGAAGACGCGCGGAAAGGAGCUGUUGCUGCGUUUCUCAUUGAGUUUUCUCCUUUUGCACAAUGCGUUAGUGGCUUUGCAACUUGUGUGAAGUGGAUGCAUCGUCCGGCAUGGACUCUGUCUGAGAACGCUGGACUGGCUCACUGACCAUGGCGCACGCAGGUAGGAGUUUAAGCCGGUUUCACUUGGUUCUGCUGACGCUGUGGACUCUGUCGCGCGACUCCGCGUCCAGCCAAGUGCGCCAAGAGUUCCAGGUCCUGGAGGAGCAGCCCGUCGGCACCUACGUGGGCCAGAUCGAGACCAAGCCCAGCUUCACGUACCGCUUCAGCGAGAGCCACAGACUUUUCGCCAUCAACGGCACCACGGGGGUCAUCUACGCCUCCUCCGUGAUUGACAGGGAGGUUCUGCAGAGUGAUGUCAUCAACGUGGUGGUGCUGUCCAGCCAGCCCACGUACCCCACCGAGGUCCGGAUAGUCGUGUUGGAUAUUAACGACAACUCGCCGGUUUUCCCGGACGCGUCCAUAGUCGUGUCUUUCAAGGAGGACGCGAGCAGCGGCAGGCAGGUGAUCCUGGACACCGCCACCGACGCAGACAUUGGGAGUAACGGCGUGGACCACACCACGUACAGAAUAGUAAAGGGCAACGAGCGCAGGAGGUUCCGCCUGGAUAUUACAGUCAAUCCGAGCGGAGAGGGCGCGUUCCUGCACCUGGUCUCAACCGGAGGCUUGGACAGGGAGGUGACCCCCUUCUACCAGCUCCUGGUCGAGGUGGAGGACAAAGGGGACCCGAAAAAGUUUGGCUACCUGCAAGUAAACGUCACCAUUCAGGACAUAAACGACAACCCCCCUGUGUUUGAUCAAGACCAGUAUCAGACCAGUGUGUAUGAGGAUGCAGCAGUAGGCUCCAGUGUCCUCCAGAUCACAGCGUCAGACCAGGAUGAGGGAGCUAAUGCUGAAAUCAGGUACUUUUUGGAUGAGGGGACGCCGUUCCAAAUUGACCCCAAAGUUGGCAUUAUUACAAUAAAGGAGGGUUUGGAUUAUGAGAGUAAGAAAGAGUAUUCCCUGACUAUCCAUGCUGUAGAUAACGGCGUGCCGUCUCUGUCCGGCAGAACAGAAGCCACGAUAAAACUGUUAGACGUGAACGAUAAUGACCCCGUGGUGAAGUUUCGGUAUUUCCCCACCACGUCCAAGUUUGCCUCGGUGGACGAGAACGCUCAGAUCGGCACAGUCGUGGCUCUGCUCACCGUCUCAGACUCCGACUCGCCCACAGCUAAUGGCAACAUAUCCGUUUCCAUCUUAGGCGGCAACGAGCAGCGGCACUUUGAAGUGCAGACGUCUCCCGUGCCCAAUUUGAGUCUGAUCAAAGUGGCCAGCGUGUUAGACAGAGAGAGAAUCUCCUCGUACAACCUGACCGUGUCGGUGUCGGACAACGGCAAGCCCGUGGCGCGCUCCUCCUUUGCCAGUUUGGUUAUUUUUGUGAAUGAUAUCAACGAUCACCCGCCCAUAUUUCAGGAAACACUGUACAGAGUAGACAUCAGUGAAGACAUUCCAAAAGGCAGCUACAUUAAAGGGGUUUCUGCAACAGAUGGCGACUCUGGGCAGAAUGCCAACCUGCGCUACUCCCUGGUGUCUGGAAACGCUUUGGGCUGGUUUUCCAUCAGUGAAAACAGUGGUCUGGUUACCAGUGCAGCUUUGCUGGAUAGAGAAGUAGCAUCUGAAAUAGUACUUAACAUUAGUGCCAAAGACCAGGGGCUGCAGCCCAAGAUUUCGUACACUAAACUGAUAAUCAACAUCACUGACGUGAACGACCAAGUGCCCACAUUUACCCAGAGCACGUAUCACGUUUCCCUGGUGGAGCACGCUCCCGCUGGCACCGAGCUGGCGCUGCUGUCUGCGUCAGACGACGACCUCGGGGCCAACGGAACUAUCCGGUUCUCGUUUGAUGCAGAGACUCCAGCCAGUGUCCGGGAGCUGUUUCGCCUGGACGCCGCGUCGGGGCGAUUAAGCACAGCCGUGGAGCUAGACAGAGAGGAUCAGGCCUCCUACUUACUGCAUGUGCAGGCAGCAGAUGCGGGCAGCCCCCCUCUGCACUCUGUAGGAAAAGUCAACAUCACCCUGAGGGAUAUCAAUGACAAUAGGCCAGUUUUCUACCCGGUGCAGUAUUUUGCCAAUGUGAAAGAAAAUGAGCCCUCGGGUUCUUAUGUCACCACAGUUUCAGCCACAGAUCCCGAUUUAGGUCGAAACGGCACAGUCAAAUAUAUAAUCACGGCCGGAGACGCGUCCAAAUUCCGCAUUAAUAGCAACGCGGGGAAAAUUACCACUCUAGUGCCUCUGGAUAGAGAGGAGAAAACUGCUUACCAGCUGCAGGUGACAGCAGCAGAUGGCGGCGGCCUGCGCUCACACACACAGGCCAUCGUGACUGUAACUGUCAUAGACACACAGGACAACCCGCCCGUCUUCAGUCAGAGAGUCUACAGCUUUGUCAUGUUUGAAAACAUAGGCGCGGGGGCGGUGAUAGGCACCGUGUCGGCCACGACGGUCGACUUAAACACUAACAUCUCAUAUCUCAUCACCUCGGGAGACCAAAGGGGGCUCUUUGCCGUAAACGGCGCGGGUCAGAUCACAGCAUCCAGUCAGAUAGACAGAGAGGAGCAGGGCUUUUAUCAGCUGAAAGUUGUGGCCAGAGCAGGGGAGAUCACAGGGGAGGCUUUUGUUAACAUCACCGUGAAGGACUUAAAUGACAAUGCCCCUCGUUUCAUUCACGCCGUGGAGCACGUGAGUGCCGUGGAGAACUGGAGCACAGGCCAUGUCAUAUUCCAGGCCAGGGCUGCGGAUCCUGACGAGGGCCUGAAUGGCAUGGUGGUCUACAGCCUCAAACAAAACCCAAAAGGACUGUUUCAUAUUCAUGAGAAGCGAGGCCUCAUCACACUGACUGGGCCACUGGAGGUCACCACGAGCUCUUACGAGGUGGAGGUCACUGCAUCAGACAUGGGGGUCCCUCAGCACACGUCCAGCCUCGUCCUCAUCGUCAGUGUCUACGACGUGAACGACAACUCGCCGGUGUUCGACCAGCUCUCGUACGAGGUCAUCAUCCUGGAGUCGGAGCCGGUCAACAGCCGCUUUUUCAAAGUGGAGGCCGCCGACAAAGACUCGGGUCUGAACGGGGAGAUAAUGUACGACGUCGCCGGCGGCAACGUAGGCGACGUGUUUGGCAUUUUUCCAGACGGACAGCUGUACAUCAAAACGGAGCUGGACAGAGAAGUGCAGGACAGAUAUAACUUAGUGGUCGUGGCCAAGGACAGAGCUGUGGAGCCGCUCAGCGCCACUGUCAACGUCACUGUGAUUCUGGACGACGUGAACGACAACCGGCCCCUGUUCAACAGCACCAAUUAUGUGUUUCACUUUGAGGAGGAGCAGGCGCGGGGGUCGCUGGUCGGGCGGGUUUUUGCCGAGGAUAAGGACUUUGGUCCAAACAGUGAGGUCAGAUAUACGUUUGAGACUCCGCAGCCCAACUUUGAGCUGAACACCAUCACAGGGGAGUUGACCAGCACGCUGCAGUUGGACCGCGAGUCGCUCAUGAGACAAAGAGGCGCCGCCGUGUUCAGCUUCGUGGUCGUCUCGUCGGACCAGGGUCUCCCCAGGCCCCUCAGAGACCAGGCCAAAGUGCAAGUUUACAUUCAAGACAUCAACGACAACACGCCUAAAUUCACCAAAGACAUUUACCAGGCCUCCAUCUCAGAGUCAGCACAGAACAUGACACAGCUGCUCAGAGUCUCUGCCUCUGAUGUGGACGAGAACAAAAAUGGACUGGUUCAAUAUCUCAUCACCGAGGGCAACGAAGAGGGACAGUUUUUGAUUGACGGCAGCUCCGGACAGGUCACCCUCGUGGGAAAGCUGGACUAUGAAUCUACAUCCUCUUAUUCUUUGAAAAUCAUAGCUGCUGAUGCUGGAGCGGUGCCCCUGUCCUCCUCCUGCAUGCUCAGCAUCAGCAUCCUGGAUGAGAAUGACAACUCCCCCUCCUUCCCUAAAUCCUCCCUGUCUGUGGACGUCUUAGAGAACAUGAGGAUCGGGGAGUUGGUGGCAUCUGUGACAGCCACCGAUGCCGACUCAGGCCAAAACGCAGACAUAACGUACAGCAUCACCGCCACAAACAACCACGGCACGUUCAGCAUCAGCCCCAACACUGGCAGCAUCUUUCUGGUGAAAAGGCUGGACUUUGAAACGCAGUCGUUUUACAAGCUCAACAUCACUGCAAAGGACAAUGGCAGGCCGCAGCGCUCCUCAUCCAUCCCCGUAGUGAUCCAAGUCAGGGACUUUAAUGACAAUCCUCCCAUAUUUACUCCCGGUGACAUCUUCAAAUCCAUCCCGGAGAAUCUUCCCGUUUCCUCCUCAGUCAUGAUGAUUACGGCUCAUGACACGGACGCAGACAUCAACGGGGAGCUGGAGUACUCCAUUGUUCAGCAGAUCCCUCGGGGGAGCCACUUCAACAUCGACUCGAGCACUGGGCUCAUUUUCACCAACAGAGAAAUAGACAGGGAAUUCUCCAACCUGUUUGAGCUGACCGUCAAAGCCACAGAUCAGGCUUUUCCUGUGGAAUUCCGCCGCUUUGCCCUGAAAAAUGUCACAAUAUGGGUCACGGACCUGAACGACAACGUCCCCACUUUCCUGUCACAGAACGCCCUCGUGGCCGAGCCCAACAUAGUCAUCGGCUCCAUCCUGACAACAGUGGUGGCCUUUGACCCCGAUGAGGGGGAAAACGGGGAGGUGGAGUACGAGCUCGUGGAAGGAGACUCGGACACCUUCAUCAUGGACAGGUACAGUGGGGACAUUCGCCUGGCCUCCCAGCUGGUGCCCUCCCGGCUCAUGUACACGCUCACGGUGUCGGCCACUGACCACGGCAUGAACCGCAAGACCUCCAGGACAGAGAUGACCAUCAUCCUUCAAGGGCUGGACGGGCCCGUGUUCUCCCAGCCCAAAUACAUCACCAUCCUUAAAGAGGGCCAGCCGCCGGGCACCAAUGUCAUCUCCCUCGAUGCCUCCAGCCCACGGGGCUCCGCCAGCAGAGUGGAGUAUUUCAUCGUGGCGGUGCGGAGUGGUGGGAAAGCCGUGGGGCGCCUUUUCACCAUCGGCCGCAACACUGGAGUGAUACAGACGGCGGCGGAGCUGGACCGAGAGAAGGGCUCCGACCUCUACCUGGUGGAUGUGUACGCCAUCGAGAGCGACGCCAACCAGCCCAGAACACAGCGUGCUGAGGUGGAGAUCACGCUGCAGGACGUCAACGACAACCCGCCCGUCUUCCCCAAUGACAUUCUCGACGUGACCAUCGAGGAGAACGUCGGCGACGGCUUCAAGAUAAUGCAGCUAACAGCCACGGAUGCAGAUGAGGGUCCCAACGCUCUUGUGACGUACACCAUCAUCAGCGGCGCGGACGACAGCUUCCGCAUCGACCCGGAGUCCGGCGAUCUCAUCGCCACCAAGAAGCUGGAUCGGGAGCGCCGCUCGAAAUACUCCCUCCUGGUGCGCGCCGACGACGGGAAGCAGUCGUCCGACAUGAGGCUGAAUAUCACCGUGAAGGACAUCAACGACCACACGCCCAAGUUCUCCCGUCCUACGUACUCAUUCGAUAUUCCCGAAGACAUGGCAUCAGGCUCCAUCGUGGCGGCGAUCCUGGCCAGUGACUCUGACUCAGGGGUGAACGGCGAGGUCACAUACUCGCUGGAGGAGGACGACGAGGACGAGACGUUCCUCCUGAACCCGGUGACGGGCGUCUUCAACGUGACGCGCCCGUUGGACUACGAGACGCAGCAGUACUACAUUCUCACGGCGAGGGCUCAGGACGGCGGCGGGCAGACCAGCGCGGUCAGGGUGUACUUCAACGUGCUGGACGUCAACGACAACGCGCCCGUCUUCAACACCAGCGUGUACAGCACGUCCGUCUCCGAGAGUCUGCCGCCCGGGUCCAGUAUCCUCACUGUCGGGGCCAGUGACGCCGAUGAUGGGCCUAAUGCUCAGCUCCUCUACAAAAUCGCCUCGGGUGAUUCCCAGAGUCACUUUGUCAUCUCCAAAGAGGGAGUCCUCCAAACCAAGAAGGCCUUGGACAGAGAAACACAAUCCUUCUACAACCUGGUGAUCACAGUCAACGACCUGGCCCCGCCUCCCAUGACCCGCUUCACCAGCACCGCCCAGGUGUCGAUCAUUCUGCUGGACGUCAACGACUGCCCGCCGACCUUCACCUCGCAGAGGAUGACCUACAUCCAGGAGAACACGCCUGUGGACACGGUGGUGUUCACCGCCCAGGCGGUGGACUCUGACAGUGGACCCAACAGUUACGUCGAGUAUUCGCUGCGAGGACCCUAUGGUAACAAGUUCAGCAUUGGCACAGUUGAUGGAGACGUCCGGUUGGUUGGGGAGCUGGACCGGGAGGAGUUUUCCAACUACACCCUCACGGUUGUGGCCACAGAUAAAGGAGAACCCCCUCUGUCUUCAACCAUGGAAGUGACCAUGAUGGUUCUGGACGUCAAUGACAACACGCCGAGCUUCUCGCAAAACAUCUACGACAUCGAGAUUGAGGAGAACACCUUGACGGGCACAGAUGUCAUCCAGGUGUUCGCUACAGAUGCGGAUGAGGGCACCAACGGCCAGAUCCGGUUUUCAAUCUCGGGAGGCAACGGCAACUCUGAUUUCAGAAUUGAUUCGGUCACAGGUGUGAUUUCUGUGGCCAAGCAGCUGGACCGCGAGGUGCGGUCUUCCUAUUCCCUCGUGGUCCAAGCGGCCGAUCGCGGCAGCAGCCCCAGGGUGGACCGCGCUACCGUCAACAUUGUGCUGCUAGACGUCAACGACUGUUCGCCCGUGUUUGAGCUCUCCCCUUACACCGUCAACAUGCAGGAGAACCUGGAGAGCCUGCCAAAAAAUAUCCUGCAGGUCGUUGCCAGAGACGAUGACCAAGGUGCCAACAGCCAGCUGAGCUACAUGCUGAGCGGUGGGAAUGACGAGGGCGCGUUCAGCCUGUCGUCCAGCGGUCAGCUGAGCCUGACCCAGACGCUGGACCGUGAAGUUCAGGGGAAAUACGUGCUGCUGAUCACAGCCACCGACUCAGGUUCUCCGCCUCUGAGCGGCACGGGGACCGUGACGGUUCUGGUGGACGACGUCAACGACAACGUGCCCGUCUUCACCUCCUCGUCCUUCCACACCACCAUCACGGAGGACGCCCCCACGGGCUCGGACGUGCUGCUGGUCAACAGCUCGGACGCGGACGUCGGCGUCAACGGUGUCAUAAGCUACAGUCUGACCGGAGGACACGGCCAGUUCUCCAUCAACCCCGCCACAGGACAGAUCAUCACCAGCUCCCUGCUGGACCGGGAAGACCGCGCUAAUUACCAGCUGCUGGUCGUGGCCACCGACGGCGGGCAGCCCGAGGGCUUAUCCAGCUCCGCCACGGUGUCCGUGACUGUGGCGGACAUCAACGACAACCCACCGCGCUUCCACCACCACCCUUAUGUCACUCACAUCCCCGCCUCUACCACAGCAGGGUCGUUGGUCUUCGCCGUCACCGUCACCGAUGAGGACGCGGGGUCCAACGCUCAGCUCCACUACUCCCUCAUGGGACGCAACUCUGAGAAGUUCAAGAUUGACCCGGUCAGAGGAGCCAUCACGGCCAACGAGAAGCUGACGGGAACCUCAGAGGUUACGCUCACGGUCCGAGUGAAAGACGGCGGAGCCAAUCCCAAAACGGAUAUGACCACGGUCACAGUCCGCUUCGUUACUGGAGGAAACUUCCCCGUCAUCAAAGUGAGGGAGCGCGCGUUCACGUUCCCCGAGAGCCAGCCGGCAAACCACGUCGUGACAACAGUGACUGGAUCCUCAAUGAGGGGCGGGCCGCUGUCAUACUACAUCGCCAGUGGCAACCUGGAUAACGCCUUUCACAUUGACCAGCUCUCGGGCGAACUGUCAAUCAGGCACUUGCUGGAUUAUGAGCACAUUCAGAAGUAUGUUCUCUGGGUGGAGGCCAGAGAUCAGGGCUUUCCACCAUAUUCCUCUUAUGAGAAGAUGGAAAUAAAUGUGCUGGACGUGAAUGACAAUCACCCGGUGUUUGAUAAGGAUCCUUUCCAUGCGGAAAUACUGGAGAACCUGUCACCUCAGCGGGUGCUGAUGGUCUCUGCCGUAGAUCUGGACAGCGGGCCGAACGGACAGCUGGAAUAUGCCAUCAUGGACGGCAACAAGGAGAACAGCUUCAGCAUUAAUCGAGCGACUGGUGAAAUACGAACCACCAGGCCUCUGGACCGGGAGAAGGUGGCUCAGUACUCUUUGAAGGUUAAAGCCACAGACAGGGGGCUGCCGCCCAAAAACAUGGCGGUCAAAGUGUUAAUCAGCGUGCUGGACGUGAACGACAACGCCCCCAGGUUUUCCAAAAUCUUCAGCGCGACGGUGGCGGAAAACGCGCCAGUGGGUUACACCGUCACCAGGGUCACCACCACAGACGAGGACGCGGGGUCAAACGCCGUCAGCCGAUAUUCAAUCACAGACACGAGCCUUCCGUUCAACAUCAAUCCAAGCACGGGAGACAUAACAAUCAGCAGGCCGCUCAACAGAGAAGACACUAACCAUUACAUCGUCAAAGUGUCUGCCCAUGACUCUGGCUGGACAGUGAGCACAGACGUCACCAUAUUCAUAACGGACAUUAACGAUAACGCACCCAGAUUUAGUCGUCCCUCUUACUACCUGGACUAUCCCGAGCUCACUGAAGUGGGCUCCCUGGUCACGAGGGUUUCUGCCACGGAUCCCGAUGAGGGUUUCAACGGCAAAAUCUUUUAUUUCAUCCGCUCCCAGUCUGAGUUUUUCAGAAUCAAUGCCAGCACUGGAGAGAUAUUUGUGAAGCAGCAGUUGAAGUAUCAGAACUCGAGUGCUGCCAGUAGCAUGAAUAUAAAUCGCCACAGCUUCAUCGUGACGGCCUCGGACCGGGCGAUGAAGCCACUGAUGAGUGAGACGACAGUCAUUGUAAAUGUUGUGGACAGCAACGAUAAUCCUCCCGAGUUUGACUCCUCGAGCUACUUCACUCCCGUCACCAAGAGCGUCAAAGUCGGCACCAGACUGAUUCGAGUCGCAGCUCAGGACAGAAAAGACUUUGGCCUGAAUUCCGAGGUGGAGUACGUAAUUACAGGCGGAAACAGCUCAAGUAAAUUCAAACUGGACAAAACCAGUGGAUGGAUUACUGUCGCUUCCUCUCUUUCGUCCGACAUGAAGAAGAUUUUCCUCAUGGACAUCACAGCGAGCGACCGAGGGAACCCCCCUCUGUCGUCGCGGACGUCGGUGCGAAUUGUCGUCACAGAGGAGAACCACCACACGCCCGAGUUCUCGCAAAGCCACAUCUCAGCCACUGUGCCUGAAAGCCUCGCUGUGGGAACAGCUAUUAGGACUGUGUCUGCCAGAGACAAAGACAAAGAAAUGAACGGCCUCAUCACGUACAAUAUUACUUCAGGCAAUGAAAAGGGCCAGUUUGCCCUUAAUAGUAAAACCGGAGUGUUGUCCCUGGCCAAACCUCUGGACUUUGAAGAGAAGCAGCAACAUGAACUUAGAGUUACAGCCACGGAUGGAGGCUGGAUCGUCAAAACGAGCUACGUCUCGGUCACAGUACACGUGACCGACGUGAACGACAACCCUCCCGUGUUUGAUCCUGAAGAGUACUUCCCCACUGUGCAGGAGAACGUUCCCAGUGGCACGACCGUGGUCAAAAUGAACGCCGCAGACCGCGACUCGGGAGCGAACGCGGUCAUGGCUUACGUGAUCCAGUCAUCGGACAGUGACCUCUUUGUUAUCGACCCAAACUCUGGCACCAUCACCACGCAAGGCUUUUUGGAUUACGAGUCCAAGCAGGUCUACCAUUUAACAGUAAAGGCCUUCAAUGUCCCAGACGAGGAGCGCUGCAACUUCGCCAAUGUCAAUAUUCAACUGAAGGGAGCCAACGAAUACGUACCCCGCUUUGUCUCCAAACAGUACUACUUUGAAAUAUCUGAAGCUGCUCCAAGAGGCACAGUGGUCGGGGAAGUGUUCGCCAGUGACCGGGACCAGGGAGAUGAUGGAGUGGUUUACUACCUCAUUUUUGGGAAGAGCAGAAAGAAAGGCUUUAGCAUCAAUAAGAAAACAGGUCAGAUUUAUGUCACAGGUACUCUAGACCGUGAGAGAGAGGAAAAGAUUUCACUCAAAGUUCUCGCCAAGAACGCGGGGAGCAUCCGCGGUGCAGAUAUUGAUGAGGUGUUUGUGAAUAUCACGAUUCUCGACGCUAAUGACCCUCCCGUUUUUACCCAAGAACUGUACGAUGUGCAGGUUAGUGAGGGUCUCUCACCCGGUGGUCUGGUAACCUUUGUGAGUGCUGAGGAUUCAGACUCUGUUCCAAGCUGGAGCCGAUUUACUUACUCCAUUUCUCCAGAGUUUGAUAAAAAUGUUUUUACUAUCAACCCGAAAACAGGCCAAGUCUCUGUAGCCGCAGAGCUGGACAGAGAAACAACUCCUGUUUAUAAUCUAUCCAUUCUAGCUGUGGAUACUGGCACACCUCCUGCAACAGGAAGCACCACCGUUAUUGUGAAUCUGGAAGACAUCAAUGAUAAUGGUCCAACUUUGACAACCGCUUAUGCUGAAGUAAUGGAGAACCAGAGAGCUGGCACUGGAGUUAAAACACUGACAGCCUCUGACCCAGAUCUACCCCCGAACCAAGGACCUUUCUUAUUCAGCCUCCUCAGUUCUGGCUCCGCUAACAGCUACUUCAGCCUUAGUCCAGCUGGAGUGUUAACAACCAGCCGAGAGAUAGACAGAGAACAGAUAAGCGACUUCUACCUCUCUGUUAUGAUCAAGGAUUCUGGCGUGCCUCAGAUGUCCUCCACAGGAACAGUCCACGUCAAAAUAAAUGACCAGAAUGACAACCCUUCAGAGCCAAGGUCCAUGGAAAUCCUUGUCCACUACUUUGGGAACAUGUUUCCCGGAGGUUCAUUGGGUGAUGUCAAACCCCAGGACCCAGACAUUCAGGACAGGUUCCACUGCUCUCUUAUCCCUCCAUCGUCCAGCCUCUUUAAUAUCCCAACUGGGUCCUGCAACCUCAACUCUAAAUCUCGUUCAACCGAUGGCACCUUUGAGCUAACCGUCCGUAGUAGCGACGGCGUCCACGGUUCCGUCAGCAAUACGGCUCGAGUCGUCUUCAUGGGCUUCACCAACGCCACAGUAGACAACAGCAUUCUCAUCCGUCUCAACUCGCAAGGGAUCAAAAACUUCCUCACGGACCACUACCUCAGUUUCUUACGCAUUGCCAACUCUCAGCUAGCAGGACUGGGCACAGGAGUGCUCCUCUAUGGAGCGUUUGAGCUCAACAAUCAGACUUUCCUGAUGGCAGCUGUUAAACGGGGCCACGGACAAUAUGUCAACCCCAGCGGCGUGGCCACAUUCUUCCAGAGUAUCAAAGACAUUUUAUAUAGACAGAGCGGGGUGCAAAUAGAUGCGGUGGACCAUGAUCCGUGCACACAUAACCCAUGCCAGAACGGAGGCAGCUGCAAGCGGCGUCUCAGUGUCGGGCCUGAUAUGAAGACAGAAGAAAGUGUCCCAGUGAUCCUUGUUUCCAACCACCCCCUGCAGCCGUACGCCUGCAGCUGCAGGCCAGGAUACACAGGAGCCCUGUGUGAGACGGACGUCGACGAGUGCCAGCCGUCGCCCUGCCACAAUGGUGGCACCUGCCAUAAUUUGGUGGGCGGCUUCUCCUGCACCUGUCCUGAAGGUUUCACCGGCAUGGCCUGCGAGAGGGACGUCAACGAAUGCCUCUCCAAUCCCUGCAAGAAUGGGGCGCUGUGCCAGAACUUCCCCGGCGGCUUCAACUGCCUCUGCAAAUCUGGCUUUGCAGGCAAAACGUGCGAUUCCAUCAUCAAUCACUGUGAGUGUAACCCAUGUUUUAAUGGUGGCUCCUGUCAGAAUCGGGUGGAUGGAUAUUACUGUCAUUGUCCGUUCGGGGUUUUCGGCAAACACUGUGAACUCAACAGCUAUGGCUUUGAGGAGCUCUCUUACAUGGAGUUUCCGUCGCUGGAUCCCAACAAUAACUACAUAUAUAUUAAGUUUGCUACCCUGCAGAGCAACGCUCUGCUUAUGUACAACCACGACAACCAGACCGGAGACAAGGCGGAGUUUCUGGCUCUGGAGAUCUUCGAGGGACGGAUGCGCUUCUCCUUCAACCUGGGAAGUGGAACUUACAAACUCAUGACGAUGAUCAAAGUUGCCGACGGGCAGUUCCACACGGUCAUCGCCAGGAGAGCUGGGAUGGCUGCUUCUUUGACUGUGGACCUGUGUGGCGAUGACCAUGAGCCAGGCUAUUGUGCUGUUAGCAAUGUAGCAGUGCACACUGACUGGAUCCUGGACGUGCAGCCCAACCGGCUCUCAGUGGGAGGCGUCAGGUCAAUAGAACCCGUCCUUCAUCGGCGCGGUCAGAUCGCCACCCACGACUUUGUCGGCUGCAUCAUGGAGUUCGCCGUCAAUGGCCGCCCGCUGGAGCCGAGUCAGGCGCUGGCAUCGCGUGGCAUCCUUGACAGAUGUCCAAGACUGGAAGGAGCCUGCACCACCAGCCCCUGCAGACACGGGGGCACCUGUUUGGACCGCUGGUCCUGGCAGCAGUGCCAGUGCGUGGACGGCUUCACGGGCAAAUUCUGCGAGAAGUACAUGACGGCGGAUACCGCCCUGUCCCUGGAUGGUACAGGCCGGCUGGAUUACUCCCUGAAGCCCGGCCCCAAACGUGACGUCCUGCUGCGACAGUCGCUGCAGGGCAGGUCCUCUGACCGCGUCGGGCCCAGCAGCCUGGAGGUGAAGUUCAGGACGCGCAGCAAGACCGGCACGCUGCUGCACGUGCAAGAGAGCAGCAACUACACCACUGUGAAGCUGAGGAACGGUAACAUCCACUACAUCUCGGAUGCAGGCGUGGGAGGGAAGGUGGAGCGCACCCUGGGGGACGCCGUGCUGUCCGACGGCCAGUGGCACACGCUGCAGCUGGUCAAGAACGGCUCGGCUACCGUGCUGCAGGUGGACAGCGGUCACCCCAGGGUCAUCCAGCAUGUCACGCAGGACUUUGGCGGUCUGGGCGUGUUGACGUUUUCCCUGGGAGGGAUCCCGCCUGGGCCGGCGCAACAAAAGACAGCAGCAGGUUUCGAUGGCUGCCUGGCCUUUGUGAAGUACAACAGGGAGAACCUGCCAUUUACCGGAGAGCACAGCCUCGUCACCUUAACCAAGACCAGCUCGUCCGUCAAGAUCGGCUGCAGAGGUCCCAACCUUUGCGAGAGCAGUCCGUGCUGGGAUGGCCUGAUGUGUGUCAACCAGUGGUACACGUACCAAUGUGUCCCGCCCGGUGACUGUUCUUCUAAUCCCUGCCAGAACCACGGCAGCUGUGUGCCGGAUCCACGCACAGGUUUCACCUGCGUCUGCUCCGAGUUUUACACGGGAAAGACAUGUGAGACUUUGGUGGCCUGUUUGGGUGUCCAGUGCCCACAGGGUACUGUCUGCAAGACAGCCAACAAUGGUGGGUUUGUCUGUAGCCCCAGCCCCACUGCAGAGACAAUGGUCCUCCCCAUCUGGGCAGUACCGGCAAUUGUCGGCAGUUGUGCCACUGUCCUUGCCUUGGUGGUUCUCAGCCUGAUCCUGUGCAACCACUGCAAGGACCGCAACAAGACUAAAGUGCCAAAGGAACCCAAGGAGAAGAAGCCGAAGGAGAAGAAGAAGAAAAAGAAGAAGGGCAGCGAGAACGUCGCGUUUGAUGACCCGGAUAACAUCCCGCCAUAUGGAGAUGACAUGACGGUACGGAAACAACCGGAAGGGAACCCCAAACCGGACAUUAUUGAGAGGGAGAACCCUUACCUGAUCUAUGACGAAACCGACAUCCCCCACAACAAUGAGACUGUCCCGAGUGCUCCCUGUGCUCCCUGCAAUGUACCAGAGGCAGAUAUCGAGCACUACGACAUAGACAACGCGAGCAGUAUCGCUCCUUCAGACGCCGAUAUCAUCCAGCACUACAAACAGUUCCGCAGUCACACACCCAAGUUCUCCAUCCAGAGACACAGCCCACUGGGCUUCGCCAGACAGUCACCCUUACCGCUUGGAGCAACAAGCUACACCUACCAGCCCCAGUACACGCAAGCGCUGAGGUCCACCCCAUUGAGCCACUCCCACUCAGCCUGCCCCACCCCAAAUCCGCUCUCCAGACACUCGCCAGCCCCGUUCACCAAGCCCUCGUCCUUUUACCGAAACACUCCUACCAGAGAACUCAACCUGGCUCGCCGUGAGGGCAGCCCACUGGACCUGCACAAUGACAUGUGCCAGCCUCCGCCCAUGUUCAACUAUGCCACCCGGCUGGGGAGACGCAGCAAGAGUCCGCAGACCAUGGCCAGCCACGGCCACACCUCCAGGCCCGGGAGUCGGCUGAAGCAGCCGAUUGAGCAGAUCCCCCUGGAGACGGGGCCUCCUGUGGGGCUAUCCAUUGAGGAAGUGGAGCGACUGAAUACUCCACGGCCACGAAACCCCAGCAUCUGCAGCGCCGACCACGGGCGCUCCAGCUCUGAGGAGGACUGCCGCAGGCCACUGUCAAGGGUCCGCAACCCUGCAGACGGCAUCCCGGCACCAGAGUCCUCUUCAGAAAGUGACUCUCAUGACUCCUUCACCUGCUCGGAGAUGGAGUACGACCGGGACAAACCGGUUUCUUACACCUCCCGGGUUCCCAAGCUCUCACAAGUCAACGAGUCAGAUGCUGACGAUGAGGACUACAGUGGGAGGCUCAAGCAGAGGCGCUACUCAAGUCGGAGGGCAGAAGGAGGGCCUGGUGUUGCCCAAUUGCCCCCAAGUGAGCAGCACUACACCCUGCCCCAUAAACUAGGCCAGCAAGCUGGGGGCUUCAACUGGGACAAUCUCUUGAACUGGGGCCCCGGCUUUGGACAUUAUGUGGACGUAUUCAAGGACUUAGCCUUGCUUCCGGAGAACGCGGCAGCAAAAGACAUUGAAAUGAACAGUGGCGAUGGUUCAGUGACCAUUCUAAACGAAGGAGAAGCUGAGCAAUAUGUAUGAGACUAUUUAUUAUGAUGAUGAUGUACAAUAUGGUGAUGUUCUCCUUUUUUUUGCUUUUUAAGAAGACUGUAUAUUUCCAGAGAGCAUCGGACCCCUGUGUCUUUUUUUUUUUUUUUACAUUAUUCAAAAUAAGACGACUUUCAAUGCAGUAAGGCAGAAAAAUGGCACCUGUAACUUGACAGACGUUUGGCAUUGGCCACCUUGGAACAGUUUACCAGUCUUGUGUUUUUUUUAGGUUUCAAAUUCUCAACUGUACAAUCACGCGUUCAUCUCUCAGAGGCCUCAUUACGACGUUUCGUGACUGCAAAAGCGCCGCUCACGUUAUCUCGAUCACACAUUUCUGCUCUGUAUUAUACUGAUGUUGCUUCUGUCACAUUCACAGCUGAGAGAUGAGAGGGGAGAUUGUUUUAACACCUGAAGAGAAAUUCCGACAGGCCAUAAAGUAAAAGAAAGCUCACGGUCUGGGUUGCCUUAAGGCUCGAUUUUUUUUGCCUGAAAAGAAGCACGUGUGCGUGUGAUCCGACUGUACCCGUUACUGACAGCACACGGUGUUUCAGACCCCACCAAUGAUUAGAAUCCCUCAUCUUUUUCCCUGGUUUGUUUUCUUAUGGAAGACUGGAUAAAUUCUCCAAGAAUGAGGGUUCAUUACGUCUCCUGCCUUACAGACAUUUGAGGAUUUCAGUUCCGGGGAGGGAAGGACUUUUAGUCUUUUUUUUUUCCCCCGGCCUAAGUUGAGUUGGAAAGGUUUUUUUUCUUUGGUGGGUGGGGAAGAGUGUCUGCUAUAAAUGAGCAUUUUCUGACAAGCCAAGUGUUUUCCAGGCAACGAUGAUGAUGAUGAUGUUGAUGUUACUGAUGUAUGAUGAUGACGUGUAAACAUGACCCCAACUAAAACACUAUGAACUUGUGUACAUUUUUUUUUAAAAUUCAUGAUAAAUCAUGGAGUCAUUUGUUAUUGUUGGUGUCCCUCGUCCAUUAUUUUUUUUGACAUGUAUGGUUUCGACAUUUUUUUUGUACUGUUUAUUAACUUAAAAUUACUUAAGCUGUGUUUCUAUGGAUGUUUUUCAUACGCUGAAAUGUAUGUUCUUACUUUCGGGGAAAGUAAGAUUGAAGACUUAUUUUUUACAUUUGUUACGUAUGUAACACCAGUAUUUUCCACUUUUGAUAAAACUAUAACAUGCUGUAUGCUUUGUACUUGUAAAAAGCCAAUAACAGAAUAAAAAAAUAUUUAUUUAAACA